UUAAUGUUCUCUCAUUGGUCAAUCAUCAAAUAUUCUCUCUUAAACCUGUUUUGUUCAAUCCAUUCACUUCUUCCUUCGAUUUUGAAGGUAAAUAAAAAAGCAACCAUAUAUCCAAUACAUACUGUUUUUGGCUCUAAUUGAUGAAAUUGAGAGAUGGGAAUUGGGUCAUUGUCAAGAAUGGCAGUAACAGUGGCUCUAGUACUGUUGUUGGGGCUGUGUUGGGAGAAGGGAAUUCAUGCAAUUAGAUUUGUAAUAGACAGAGAAGGAUGUUUGUCUCAGAAUGUAGAAUACGAAGGAGACACUGUUCAACUCUCCUUCGUUGUUAUCAAAGCUAACACUCCCUGGCAUUAUGCUACUGACACUUUGGUGGAUCUUGUGAUAAAGGGGCCUUCUGGUGAGCCGGUUCAUGAGUUUCGCGACAAAACUAGUGAAAUGUAUGAGUUUAUGGCUCAGAGAAAAGGCAUUUAUCAGUUUUGCUUUACAAACAAGUCGCCUUACCAUGAAUACAUGGACUUCGAUUUACAUGUUAGCCAUUUUACACACUGCAAUCAGCCUGCAAAAGAUGAACACUUUGAUCCAUUGCUGGAACAGAUAUCAAAGUUAGAAGCAGCUCUUCAGAAGAUACAGGUUGAACAGCAUUGGCUUGAAGCACAGACUGAGCGCCAGGCAUCAGUGAAUGAAGGUAUGGGGCGAAGAGCGAUGGCCAAGGCCAUUGUUGAAUCAAUAGCUCUAUUUUUGGUUAGUGAGCUUCAGAGUUUCCUCCUGCGACGCCUUUUUGAGAAGAAGCUUAGUUCAUCUAGAGUCUAAAGCAAUGGCAGAGUCAGAAAUUCUAAUAAGGUAAUUCGAAAAAUGCAAGAAUGCUGCACAUGAUAUUCCAACCUGCAACCUAAGGCACUCAUCAAAUUAGGCAACUUGUGCUAGUCUUGCAAAUCAAGAAAAUUUUGAUGUCUAUAAUGUAUAGUGAUUCCUUAGUUCGAUACACAAAUGAUGAUAGUUGAAUGAUUAUAACUAAGUGUCAUGUUCUUUACUGAAUUGGAUUAUAUUCUUGAGGUGUCUUGCCUCUGACUUUUGAUAGGUUAUAGGAGUAGUACUCUCCAUUUUACUGCUUUACAAUAUGUAGGAGAUUUGGAUUUUGUGAAUUCAGUAGUUAUUUAUCUCCAGUAAAUGCUAGGAAUACUUAUUAAGAUAUCUUGGCAACUUACCACUUUAAA